AUGAGUAUGGCUGGUGAUUUAAUAGAUUAAUAAAAAUAAGAUAAGAUAUUCCAAAGGAUUCUUAAAAGAGAAGGCAACUAAAAUUGUGCUGAUUGUGGAGUAAAAUCUCCUAAUUGGGUUUCUUUAGAUUUCGGAGUAUUUGUUUGUAUGGAAUGCUCAGGUAAAGAAAAAAAGAAAAAAGAAAAAACUAAAUGA